UGCCGAACCUUCGCGAGGCCGCAACGAGGCCGCUUCCACACACCAAUUGUCUAGAACCACCGUACCAGUAAGUCAAACCAAGCAUUGAAUGACAGAAGAGGUCUUGGAGCGCCGCGGGGCAGGAGGGUGGAGUGCAGAACACCACAGCCCCGCCAUGUGAUGCGUGACAUGAAUGAUCUCACUACUAUAUAUCCACCGACAUAGUUGGAAGCCCCUGAGGUUGAACCAUCUGCACAUAUCUUUGAAUUGAUUUCCACCUCCAUUUAGUCCUCUACCGAACUUCACGUCUAUCAUUUUGUUUCUCAUUUUCGACAACUAGCUCUUCACCAUGGCGCCCCGAAUUGCCAUUGUCUACUACUCGAUGUACGGACACAUCGAAAAACUAGCCCAAGCCGAGCUCAAAGGCAUCCAAUCCGCGGGCGGCACCGCCGACCUCUUCCAAAUCCAAGAAACCCUCCCCCCCGAAGUCCUGACCAAAAUGCACGCGCCGCCCAAAUCCUCCGUCCCGGUGCUCGAAAAACCCGAACAACUGUUGGACUACGACGCCGCGCUCUUCGGCAUCCCGACGCGGUACGGCAACUUCCCCGCGCAGUUCAAGGCCUUCUGGGACCGCACGGGCAGCAUCUGGGCCACCGGCGGGUUUUUUGGGAAGUACGCGGGGCUCUUCGUCUCGACGGGCACGCUGGGCGGCGGCCAGGAGUCGACCGCCAUCGCCGCGAUGAGCACCCUCGCCCACCACGGGUUUCUGUACGUGCCGCUCGGCUACAAGACGGCGUUCCCGCUGCUGGCGAAUCUGGAGGAGAUUCAUGGGGGGUCCGCGUGGGGGGCGGGGACUUUUGCGGGCGCCGAUGGCUCCCGCCAGCCGACGGCGCUGGAGCUCCAGAUUGCCGAGAUCCAGGGCAAGUCGUUCUAUGAGCACCUCUCCCGGGUCAAUUUCGCGUGACUACAAGAUAGUGCCACCAAGGCUGAGGCCCCCGCGACGGCGGGAGGGCAGCAGCGCAAUACGGCGAAGGCGACGGGGCCGGAGAGGACGGUGCAGCAGGGUGGUAGUGAUGCGAAUGCGCAGCCAGCUCAGCCGGCAAAGAAAGAGGGUCCAUGCGGGUUACCCUCCAAGUGUACUAUGAUUUGAACACCUCCGUUGUAAUGGUCUGGUCAUAGCUAGUAGCGGGGAUGGUCUAUGACUUGCGCGAGCUGUUCCACAUCCUUUAUAUGUUUUGUAGGCGUUACGAUCUUCAUAAUACAGAAC